AUGUACUAUGGAAGCUUUGUUACGGGUAAAAUAGUCAAGGAUCACAUGUCGAUAGAUGGAACCCGGAUUGGAAUAGUCCCUUUCGGAUUGGCUGAGGAUGCACCACCUCCACAAGAGGAUGAUGAAAUAAGCGGAGCUCUUGCUUUAGCAAAAGUGGGCGAACAGCCUGACAUUCCAACGGUCUUGGACGUUAUGGUUGCAAAUAAAGCUAUCAAGACGUCGAUUUUCACACUUUACUUCACCUGAAUCUCUCUUGGGACUCCAGCCCAGGAAUUCAAUGUUUUUUUGGAUACUACGAUCGCCUUAUCUUGGGUUCCGAAAAGGGGGCUACCCCACACCUACACUUACUUUCCCUAUCCAGGCAGGAGUUCCACACAGCUAAAUGUGCCCUUCACGAUCAUGUACUAUGGAGGCUUUGUUACGGGUAAAAUAGUCAAGGAUCACAUGUCGAUAGAUGGAACCCGGAUUGGAAUAGUCCCUUUCGGAUUGGCUGAGGAUGCACCACCUCCACAAGAGGAUGAUGAAAUAAGCGGAGCUCUUGCUUUAGCAAAAGUGGGCGAACAGCCUGACAUUCCAACGGUCUUGGACGUUAUGGUUGCAAAUAAAGCUAUCAAGACGUCGAUUUUCACACUUUACUUCACCUGCCACAGGGACUGUCUUCCCGGAGGACCAGAUGCCCAGAUCAUCUUUGGCGAGGUUGACCCCAAACUAUACAACGAGCCGAUAUUCUACGUGGAUUUGGUCCCCUCAUUUAAGUGGCAAUUUAUGCUGCAAAGGUUAGACAUCGGCUUCUUCACACUUCUCCAAAACGUUCUUGUCGAGAUUGAUACGAAAAUGCCAGCGAUAGUGGGACCGAUAGAACAGGUACAAAGGAUUAACACUCUCCUCGGUUUUCAUGACAAUGAACGGGGCAUAUACGCGAAGCCUUGCCGACUCGUCGAGGAACAAAGAGAUCUAGAGUUGGUGUUUCCACAUUUUGCGUUGCCGACAUCAUCAGAAUUCUACAUGCAGCGUGGCAAAGCUGAUAACCUCGUUAGCAUUGUUGGAAAAUUUGAUGGCGAAAUUUCCUUGUUGUUUGAAAUCUCACUCAAGUUUGACCGUCCACUUCACUUACCCUCAAGGCCAAAACUUUGCACUGUUGGUCUUCGUUACUUUACGCUUCACUUGGACGGUUUCAGUAAAACGAUUUUGAAAUGCGUUUAUGUCGCCGGAUGUGGUAUUUCCAACGGUCUGUUUGGACGUGAACAAUUACCCUAG